AUGUAUCACCUUGUGCGAUCGCUCUAUCUCUAUGCAACGAGCAAACCAGAAUACUCCAUCAUCCUGCUCGGGCUUGACAACGCCGGCAAAACUACCCUCUUGUCCCAAAUAAAGGCCCUUUUCAAUACCGCCGCCGAUCCUGCCGGCCAGACAGGCGAUGCUGUUCCUUCAGACACUGCAGGAAACACAGUCCCCACCGUCGGACAAAACGUGGCAACGAUCGCUCUGCCCGAUAUGUACUUGAAGAUCUGGGACGUUGGCGGACAGAUGAGCUUGCGCAGGCUAUGGACAAGCUACUACAAGAGUGCACAUGCUAUUGUAUUUGUGGUUGACAGUACAGAUCUAGGCAAUGGAGAACUCGAUGAUGAACCAAAGACACCCGGCUGGCAUGGGAGGAAAAAAAGCUACGUGGGCAAAGUUGAUGAUGAGGAAUCACAGACACCGUGGACGCCCAUGACACCAAUGACGCCGGGCAUGCUGCUGUCAGGACAGUCUCGAGGUAGGUUAGACGAGUGCCGGGCUGUCCUUGAAAGCGUACUGGAGAAUGAAGAUACAGCCGGAAUCCCGAUAUUGGUUCUGGCCAAUAAACAAGAUCGAGAAGAUUGUCUUGAGGUCGUUAGGAUCAAGGAGGGUUUCGUGAGGAAAGUCUUUGAAGGUGAAAAGGGAGGGAUGGUCCGAGACAGCCGUGUCUUACCUGUGAGUGCGCUUCGAGGUACUGGAGUGAAGGAGGCUGUCGAAUGGGUCAAGAGUCGAGUUGUGUGGAAUAAAGAGAGUCGGCCACCGAUUAUGAGAUGA